UUUCUUUUUCUUUUUCUCUUCAUUUCCAUUACAUUAGCAUUCAUGGACCACUGAAUCAAAGUAAACAUCACUUCCUUUGCAAUAUCAAGCUCAUACACUUAUACAUAUCAUACCCAUUCUCAUCCAUACACGACUCGCUUUUCCUUUUUUUUUCCUACUAUGGCUGAACAGCCGUAUCCCAAGGAUGUCGAGGUUGACAUGACCAACCAUGACGACGCACCUCCACCUUUCUCCGCCGAGGAUGCAGUACCUCUGUUGGCUGAUGAAAAGAAGCACCUACACCAGGAUGCUUUCCGAGCUGAGGCUGAGACACCUCCUCGUAGCCGAUGCCCCUUUUCUCGCCGCCGCUGCACUAACGAACAGAGCGCACAGUGCAAAGCCAAGGCAAAGGGCUUUUUCCGCCGAAUGUUCCGUCGUCUUUUGAUUGCCUUACUCGCCGUUUGGGCUUUCAUGGCCUUCUUUUGCAAUGAGGAUGGUAGUGGCUUCGAGUGUGAAUCCGAUGAGCUUUUAUUUGAUGGUCAAUGCAUGUCUGAUGAUCUUCAACCGUGGACAGCCUUCAAUCCCUACUCAGCCAAGACCAAGGCCGCCUUGGCUGGCUUUACACCUAUGACAGACAUGUCGAAUGACGAUUGCUCUCGAGACUUGGUCGAAUGGGGCGGGCCCAAGGCUAUUGAGACCCAUGCUAAGAACAUCCGCUUAGGUUUUGGAAAGGGCAAUUUGCUGUCAAAUGUCAUCAUUCGUACUGGUGAUGUUGCAAUCCCAACGUUGCAUAUCCGUGCUAACGUGACCAAAAUCCAUCAUCAUCACCAUGAUGAUGAGGACGAUGAUGAUGAUGAUGAUGGUGAUGAUAAUGAUGAUAGUGAUGAGGACGACGAAAAUGAUGGCCACCCUCAUAAGAGACAUCAAGGUCUUCAUUUGAAAGUCAACUCUACUGAAGAGACUUUGAAGGUGAGCUUCUGGGCCAACAACUAUGUCCAUAACGGCGACGAGCAUCACAAGCAUCGUAAGCAUCACAAGCAUCACAAGCAUCAUCGCAAACACCAAAAACACCAUGAUCACGACCGCGAAGAUGAAGAUGAAGACAAGGAUUUGAUAACCAAGAUGAUGACGCGUAUGUACGGUAAUCCCAAGAAACACGGUGGCCAUAGUUACAAGCGUUUUUGUGCUGUAAUUGAGGUCCAAAUCGUUUUGCCGCCCAAUGAUAAAGACAGUUUGUAUAGCGUUGCGGUUGGUGGUGUUGUCUUAACCAUCGAUGCUGCGGAUGUAGAAAAAGCUGCCUUCAAGGAGCUGAUUCUUGGAUCGGUGGCUGGAGAAAUCAAGGCAGGGGCCGUUGUUGCCGAUCGUUUGGUGGCGGAGAUUGUGACAGGCGCUGCGUCGGUCGAUUCAGUGAAGGUUGCUACGGAAGGCUCCCCUCUUAAUGCCCGUAUCCGUUCGACAGCCGGAGAUAUCAAGCUUAAUGCUAAAACGAGCCCCAUUACUCGCCAUGAUGAAGAUGACGGCGAUAAUGAGCUCUGGAGCCAUGUCGAUGACGACAACGACAACGACAACGAGGAUGAAGACAAACCUAGAAAGAAGCGCCUUACCCAUCAUUUGAUUAUAGUGAAUUCGGUGGCUGGUGCGAUUGAUCUGGAUGUUGCUCACGCUCAGGAUGACGAUAAGGACAAGCAUGAAAACAACAAUGAUAAGACCGCUCCAGGCAUGGUAGUGGUCAGAGCCAAAUCUGUGGCAGGCCGUGUUAACACCUCUGUUGAUUUGGUGAAAGACCAACAGCUUGGUUUUAGGAGCAGUAGUGUGAGUGGCAAAAUUAUGGCCAAGGUAUCAGACAAGUUUCUGGGUAAACUCAAUGUGGGUUCUGGCCUAGGAGCUGCUCGUGUGAUAGAAGCCAAGAAUAGCAACUCGAAGAUUGUGUAUGAGAAAGAUACGAUCCACUCCAAGGUCGGAUAUAAGUUUAUAGAGGACAACGAUGACAACGAUGACAACGGCAACCACAAUGGCGAGAAAGUCGAGGGCAACAUUGUUAUUGGUAGUGCUGUGGGAGAGGCACAUCUCGAGUUCUUUUAAAGCCAUUAGGCUAGUAGCCAAAUCCAUUUGCUAAAUCACACCAUUGACAUGAGUGGUCACUCCACAGUCACAAAAAAAUAUUUUUUCUGCUAAAUAAAAUACAUGUUCGCACAUGCAUCUCUCAAUUGUAC